CCAGGGGAUAAAAGGUUAGAAAACAAAUUUAGAAACCUCUGUCCACCACGGCUGGCAAUGCUUUGAUAACUCUGACCUGCAAAUCCCUCGGCUGCACUCUCUUUGGAGGGCAGAGUAGCGGGACACCUCCCCUUCACAUUUCCAAAGCAUCACUCAGUAUUUUUGGAUCCGGAUAAUUACGGGAGAGCUGACACAGAAGUUGUGUGACCUUGAUUUGUCUACACUGAGUCCCAUUUCACAGACAGGAGGUUGUCUCGUGCAACAAUGCUUUUCUGCAGCAAACAGGCUGCUGGACUCUCCUGACUGAUGGGUGUGGACAAAGACGUUUCCCAUCCGUCUGACUGUGCGACUGCAGGAGGAAGAAAACCUCCCCAACUGCAGCCAGGAGACAAUCGCAAUGGACCCGUCCGACAGGAAGCACUUCACGGUGGUGGACUAUGUGAUAUUUGCCGUUUUGCUCGCUGCCUCUUUGGGCAUCGGCAUGUACUAUGCCCUGUCUGGUGGGCGUCAGCGGACCACGCAGGAGUUCUUGUUGGCAGACCGGAGCAUGAGCUGUCUCCCUGUUUCCCUGUCGCUCAUCGCCUCAUUCCAGUCCGCCGUGGCGAUCAUAGGCAUACCGGCAGAGAUAUACACCCACGGUACUCAGUACUGGUUCAUCGGCUGUGCUUACGUCCUGGGCCUCUUCAUUCCAGCACAUGUCUUCAUUCCAGUGUUGUACAGACUGCGAGUCUCCAGCGCUUACCAGUAUCUUGAAAUGCGCUUCAGCAAAUCAGUGCGUAUCUGCGGAACUUUGACCUUCAUCUUACAGAUGGUUAUCUAUAUGGGAGUUUGUGUGUAUACUCCUGCCUUUGCACUAAAUGCAGUUACUGGAUUUGAAUUAUGGGGAACAGUGCUGGCCACUGGCCUAGUGUGCACUUUAUACACAACACUGGGUGGGUUGAAGGCUGUCAUCUGGACAGACGUCUUUCAGACUGUUGUGAUGUUUGCAGGGCAGCUGGCUGUCAUCGUGGUGGGAGUGCAGCAGUCGGGAGGAGUGUCUGAAGUUUGGAGGAAAGUCUGUGAGGGGAACCGCAUCUCCGGUGUCGACCUAAACCCAGAUCCCACAGAGAGACACACUUUCUGGACUCUGGGGGUUGGUGGGGUCUUCCUCAUGCUGUCCUUGUACGGAGUGAACCAGGCUCAGGUCCAAAGAUAUCUCAGCUCGCGCACAGAGAGGGAGGCUGUCAGGUCUUGCUACAUGGUGUUUCCCUGCCUGCAGUUGGCUCUGGCUCUCAGCUGUGUGAUGGGGCUGGUCAUGUUUGCACGUUACUGCGGAGAGGAUCACUCCGACAACCUGGGCACCUCCUCACGGGACGCGAUGGUGAUAUACUUUGUGAUGGAUAUGCUGCAAGGUCUGCCUGGACUGCCCGGACUGUUUGUCGCUUGUUUAUUCAGCGCGGCGCUCAGCACCAUCUCCUCUGCCUUUAACUCCUUGGCCACGGUGACAAUGGAAGACCUCAUCAAACCACAUUUCCGCGCCAUGACAGAGGCCAGAGCAACCCUGCUGUCCAAAGCCUUAGCGAUGUCCUAUGGGCUGCUGUGUCUGGCCAUGGCCUAUCUCACUCACCUAAUGGGUGAUUCAGUUCUCCAGGUGGCUCUAAAAAUCUUCGGGAUGGUUGGCGGUCCUAUACUCGGUCUGUUUUCUCUCGGGAUGUUCUUCCCCUGGGCCAACUCUACUGGUGCGCUGGCGGGUCUGGGCACCGGUCUGGUUGUGGCUUUCUGGGUCGGCAUCGGGAGCAUCUUCACUCGUAGCUCCGGCGCGAGGCCGCUGCCACCUGACUGCGGAGUCAUCCUGCUGUCAGACAACACAACUACUGCCAUUCACACUGCACUCAGCAAUGUCACUCUGAGCCGACCCUCUCGAUUGAAGAGCUUUUAUUCCCUGUCAUACAUGUGGUACAGUGCAUUUAACUGCUUCACAGUCAUUCUAGUAGGCGUGAUCAUCAGCUUUCUCACAGGCCCCAUGAAAGAAGAGGAUGUGCCACCAGGCACAAUCUAUCCCUUGUUAGGGAAAGUGCUUUGUUUUCUCCCUGAACACCUCAAAAAGAAGCUCUGCUGUGUGACUCCUCUGGGACAGACUCUCUCAUCACGACAACGGCAGCCCCUACAACACAAAGAAAGCAACGGUUUGGCCUUCCAACGAGAGGACGGACCAUCACAGGAAGAGACAGAGAGUUGUCUUCCUGAUGCUCACACAACUAACGUGGAGCAUGAAACAGCUGUGUGAUAUCGCAGUUUCUCCUGUGAAGCUAGAAAACGGUUAAAACGUCUUUACACAAAGCGCAAAAAACACAUUUGUAUACUGUUGACUUGUUGCUUUGUUGUGAACGAUGUAAUUCAAUUUUGCACUGUGAAAUGCUGCAGUGAGGUAAAUCCUAAACAAUGUGUAGUCAACAUGUUGUUGUUUUUUUGUUUUUUGUUUUUUGUUUUUUGUUUUAAAUCUACUGGCAUCUUCAUGUCUUCCAGUAAAGACUUGCAGCUUACAGCAGGAUGUGCAGAUGAGCCGAUAUCUGUUUUACAGAUAAUCACGUUCACAGGUACACGAUCACUGAUUCACAUUCAGUUGGGUAAGUGCAGGUAUACAUGUGAAAAUACAGCACUACACUGCUUUUUUGAGAAUUAAGGUCCAGUGAACUCUAGAACAACUAAAAAUGUUUUACACCAGUAUUUCCCACUGUAUAUACUGUACUUGACUGUUUUAGCACUACUUCAACUCAAUGGUCCUGUGUCAUACUCUUGUGAGAUAAUAUUGCCGAAUUUUUUAAGAAUGUAUGAGUGAAUUUUGACUAAUGCAAAUGAAACAGAAAUAAACUUUUUAUGAAAAGGAUUAAAAAUUUUGUAGUUGAUCCUUUCCAUAGUUUUCUCCUUAUUUUAUU